GCUAAAUUACAAACAUUUUGCGACAUUUAAAAAAUAAAAUCAUGUUUGGGACCGCACAGACGACAACGAAUCGUAUGAACGACUUCGAGGUAGCAUCGCCACCAGACGAUUCUGUUACAGCACUCGAGUUCAGCCCAAGCACAUUGCAAGUGCCAAAGAAUUUUCUCAUUGCCGGCAGUUGGGACAACAGCGUGCGCUGUUGGGAGGUGGAACAAAAUGGAGCAACUGUGCCAAAAUCUAUGAAAACGAUGGGAGGGCCAGUGCUGGAUGUAUGCUGGUCAGACGACGGCACUAAAGUGUUCAUGGCGUCAUGUGACAAGCAAGUAAAACUCUGGGAUCUCGCCUCCGAUCAGGUAAUGCAAGUAGCUGCCCACGACGGACCGGUCAAAACCUGCCACAUGGUCAAAGGUCCCAAUUACACAUGUCUCAUGACCGGCAGCUGGGACAAAACGCUCAAGUUCUGGGACACGCGCACACCCAAUCCCAUGAUGGCCAUAAAUCUGCCUGAGCGAUGCUAUUGCGCCGAUGUAGACUUCCCUAUGGCUGUGGUGGGUACUGCGGGUCGUGGUCUAAUCAUUUAUUCAUUGGAGAACAGUCCCACCGAGUACAAGCGUCAGGAGAGUCCGCUCAAGUAUCAGCAUCGUACCAUAUCUAUAUUCAAGGACAAAAAGAAGGCGCCCACGGGCUAUGCAUUAGGCAGCAUCGAAGGUCGCGUCGCCAUACAGUAUGUGAACCCAGUGAAUCCAAAGGAUAACUUUACAUUCAAGUGCCAUCGCUCGACGGGCACCUCCGGAUUCCAGGACAUUUAUGCGGUUAAUGAUAUUGCAUUCCAUCCAGUGCACGGAACUCUGGUUACCGUUGGAUCGGACGGCACAUUUAGCUUCUGGGACAAAGAUGCACGCACCAAGCUCAAAUCUAGCGAGGCGAUGGAUCAAUCUAUAACGAAAUGCGGCUUCAAUGCCAACGGCCAAAUAUUUGCAUAUGCUGUCGGCUAUGACUGGUCCAAGGGACACGAGUACUUCAACCCCGCCAAGAAGCCACAGAUAUUCCUACGCUCCUGCUACGACGAGCUGAAACCGCGCGCUAAUUGAUCAGAAAUCCAAUUCGGAAUCGAUUUUAGUUUAAGCCACACAAACAUGUUCUGCGAGUAAUAUCCAAACUUCAGUUGUUUUGUAUCAUUAAAUAUCAAAGCGUA